GCAGUCGCAAUCGCUCGCUAGAACAAACCAAAACCCGCAAGAUACGCGUAAAACAGUCCGCACGGCCAAAAGUAUCUCUAUCUGUAGCUGUAUCUGUAUCUGUAGCUGUUCUGUAUCUGUAGCAGAGCAGAGCUGAGUAUCUGCAGUAACUCGUGUGUUCGCACCUCAAAUAUCCGUAUCCGUGAAAUAUCUGUGAAACGAAACGUCAAAUCGGUAUCGCAUAAUUUUUUAAUCGAGCAACAGCUGAAGCCCCAGACUUUUUUUGUCAACCUCAACGUGUCUCCGCGUCGUGCACAUGUGCUCCACCAGCUAAAUGUCGGAACACGUUGUAUGAAAAUCACAAAAACGACAUAAACAAAAAAUUUCCACUGCCCGCAACUCCAGCAAGCAGUCUGACAGAGAAGGAGCGAGUGCCAGCUAGAGUGCGAGAGAAAGAGAGUUCGAGUGCAUCUGAAUUUAGCCCGCGCCGCACACAUGACCACCACCUUGAAUAUGGUGAAAACUGGGAAAUACGCCAAUGAUAAAAUCAUUGGCGUGCGGCAUGUGCAAUGCAUCCUGUGCUUCUUCUGCCUCUCCCUGGCCUAUGCGUGGCGCGUUAAUCUUAGCGUGGCGCUGGUGGCCAUGACCGAGCCGCCAAACAUAACGGAGGCCAAUGUCACGGAUGACAGCCAGGAGGAGACACUGGAUAUGGAUUAUUACCCCUUCACGGAGUCGGAGAAAUCGUACAUGCUGAGCAGCUUCUUCUGGGGCUAUAUCGUCACCCAGGUGCCCGGCGGCUACAUCGCCCAGCGCUAUGGCGCCAAGAUGCUGCUGAUGGUGGGCCUGGUGGCCUGUGCGAUUCUAACGCUGUUGACGCCGCUGUCCCUUAAGCUGGGCGGCUGGCAGGCGCUGUGCGUGGUGCGCGUGCUGGAGGGCCUCACACAGGGCGCCGUGCAUCCGGCGACGCAUUCGCUGCUGUCCAAGUGGGCGCCGGCCAGUGAGCGCGGCAUGCUGGCCACCAUUUGCUACUCGGGCGCACAGUUCGGCACCAUCAUGAUGCUGGCCACGAGCGGUUUCAUAGCGGACUCCUUUGCUGGCUGGCCGGGCAUCUUCUAUUGCGGCGGCAUCUGCGGCUUUGCCUGGGUGCUCUUCUGGUGGAUAUUCGCGGCGAGCACGCCGGAGGAGCAUACUCGCAUAACACGCGAGGAGCUCAAGUAUAUUGAGGAGUCACGCUCGGUGGGCAAAAUGCAGGAUGCCCGCAAAAUGGCGCCCACGCCCUGGGGCAGCAUCUUCACAUCGAUGCCGUUCCUGUCGCUGCUUGUUGUCCACUGCACGCACAUGUGGGGCUUUUGGACGCUGCUGACGCAGAUUCCCAGCUACAUGAAAAACAUCUACGGCAUUGAUAUCAAGUCUAGCUCGCUGCUCUCCUCGCUGCCCUACACGGUCAUGAUGAUACUCAGCUUCUUCUUCGUCUGGCUGUCCAAGGUGCUGCAGAACCAGAAGUCCAUAUCGCUCUCAUUCAAUCGCAAGUUCUUCAACUCGGUGGGCCACUGGAUACCCAUGCUGUCCCUGAUUGGACUCGGCUAUGUGCCGCGCGAGAGUGCCACCUUGGCCGUGGUGCUGCUUACCCUCACGGUGGGCAUAAGCGCGGCCACCUAUUUGGGCUUCCAGGUCAACCACAUUGAUCUGUCGCCCAACUAUGCGGGCACCUUGAUGGGCAUCACGAAUGCGGCGGCCAAUGUCAUGAGCGGCUUGGCACCACUGGCGGUGGGUCAGAUCGUCAAGCAUCCGGAAAAUGUGAGCGAAUGGCGCACGGUGUUCUUUGUGGCCGCCUUCUUCUACUUCAUUGGCAACCUGCUGUUUGUGGUGUUUGGACGCACUGAUAUACAAUGGUGGGACUCUCCCGAGCCUGUUGACGAGGAGAGCGUGGAGGCGGGCGUGCCACUGGCAACGGCGGCCAAGGACCAGCAGUCAGGCCAAAUCGCAAAUGACAAGCCCUAAGACCACCAGACCUGACUAAAGACUUUGUCAUGCUUUUCAACUGAAUUCCUUUUGUAUAAAACUGCAUAGCACAAUGUACAGUCGGUUUUAUGAGGAUGUAGGAAGAGCAUGAUGUUGUCAUAGUUGUUGUUUUCUUAAACUAAGUGCUUAAUAUAAGACAAUAGCUAUAAUUAGGGGUUAAAGGACAAGAGCUGAAAAUUGCCAUAACGACGAUCGCGUGCUUCCAUUAGCGAUAUUAAAAACAACAUAUGAUAAUUGUUUAGUUUGUAGGCAGCAUAAAUUAUUAUUUCCAGUAUUUUUCCAUAAUGUACAUAAAAUAUACUAUUUAAAAAAAUAUAACAAGAAAAAAAGCUAGUUGACAAUGUAAAUAGCAAAAUAUAAAUUGCUAGCCUAAGUAACUAUAUAAACGCUGCUCUAUUAAUUGUUAUGUUUUAAAGUGAAACUAUAUACCUUAGCUAACUUAUGGCCGUAGUUAAUUAGUUAAAUUAGUAAUAAACAAACAACCAACUUGUGAUGUACGUAAAAGAAAUGAACUAAAAAAGGCAGAAAAGAAGACAUGCAUAGAAGACAAACAAAUAUAAUGGCCAGACAUUGAACUUGAACAAAUCAAAGUAAAACAAAA